AUGAAGUUCUCAACGUCCUUCAACACGCUCUUUGCGGCGUCGCAAGUCGCCAUCUCGCCCGCCACCGCGUACAACCCAGUUGAACUAAAGGGCUACGGCAAGUUCACCGGCACCGUCGUCAACUCGACCUAUAGCGGACGCGCUCUCCCCGCCCCCGUAGACGCCUGGCUCGGCAUCGACUACUCAACACAGCCGGUUGGCGAGGGCCGCUUUAACCCCGUAACCUGGCCCGCGUCCUUCAACGGCACCAAGGCGGCGACAAAGUACGGCAAGACCUGCGUCCAGGACCCAACCUCGACCGAUGUCAGCACACAAGAUGAGGCCUGCCUCAACUUCAACGUCUACCGUACGCGCGGCAUCCCGCUCGACCAGAAGACACCCGUCCUGGUCUGGAUCCACGGCGGCGCGUUUUACGCGGGUAGCUACAAGAGCUUCGAUGGCGCUGCGUUCGCCGCAUCUUCAAAGGAGCCAAUCACGGUCGUCAACUUCCACUACCGCAUCAACUCGUUGGGUUUCCUGCCGUCUGCUCUCUUCGACGAAGAGGGCCUGCUGAACCUAGGCAUGCGCGACCAGCACUUCUUCCUCCAGUUCGUGCAGAAGCACAUCGCCGCGUUCGGCGGCGACCCGGAGGCCGUCACCAUCGGUGGGCGCUCUGCUGGCGGUCACUCCGUCGGUAUCCUCUACUUCCAUAACUACAACGAGGAUGAGGGCAAACCACUCUUCGCCAGAGCAAUCCACCAGUCCGGUGCCGUUACCGCUCGUGCGUUUCCCAAUGCUACAUACCCUCUCUACGUCAAGCAGUAUGAGGAGUACAUGAACUACCUCUCCUGCCCGCUCGAUGCCGACAAUGCCGCGACCUUGGCCUGCCUCCGCGCCGCGGAUAUCGACGCGAUCCGGAACAUCAGCACCAAGCUUUAUAACGACUACGACCCGGCUCUGACUUGGCCCUUCCAGCCCACGCAGGGUGGACCGUUGCUGGAGAAGUUUGGCUCGCAGUCAGGCUACGACGGCACAUUCUUCAAGGUGCCUGUCAUCACCUCCAACGUGAACGACGAGGCCAAGUACUACAUGGCCGGCGACAAGGAGACUAACCAGGAGUUCCUCGACUACCUCCACAAUAUCUCCCCCGCCCUCAACAGCACCGACCUCCAGCUCCUCGAGGACCUCUACCCGGACCCCGCCACACACCCAGAUUCACCCUUUGCCAACUCCCCCAACAGCACGCAGUACAAUCGCCUUUCGGCUGCAUGGAGCGAUUAUGCAUACAUCUGCGCUGGACAGGAGACGGCGUACCGCGCCUCCAUCGCGGGCGUGCCGACGUGGAAGUUGCACUUCAACACCAACAACUCGUGGCCUGCGUGGAGGGGUAUCCCGCAUACCGCCGACACCAAGUACACUUGGGACGAGCCGGUGGUACAGUACCCUGAGGUCAGCCACAUUUACCACGGAUAUCUGUCCAGCUUCGUUCUGUCCGGCGACCCCAACACUUUUAGGUACCCUGGCAGCCCCGAGUGGCCUCAGUACAAGCCAACUGGUUACGGACUUGAAUCGGAGCCUGCAUUGCAGCUUAUCGUCCAGCCUAAUAAUGGAACUAAGGUCGAGAAGGAUGAUAUUCGCAGGGAGGCUUGUCUCUACUGGAGAGACCCCGAGAGAGCUCCCCGCCUGAAUAAAUAA